AAGGCCAGGGCGCGCAUGCGCGUUGGCGGGGACGAAGCCAAAAUGGCGCUGGGCAGGCAAGUGUACAACCUCCUUUUCCGCCGCACCUCCACCUUCGCCCUCACCAUCGUGGUAGGCGCCUUGGUGUUCGAGCGGGGCUUCGACCAAGGCGCCGACGCCCUCUUCGAGCACCUCAACAAAGGGAAACUAUGGAAGGACAUCAAGCACAAGUAUGAGACAGCCGAUGAGUGAAGGUCAGAGCUGCUGGACCGUCCGUGAUUAUCUAGACAUGCCCUUCGUCUUGACCAUCCGUUGCUGUGGAGGCCAAACAUGAUCCCCUCCGAAAUGGCUUGUGCUGGAGGACAUCCCUUCAGAGAGCGACGCAGAUGCAACACAGACACCUUGUUCUGAGUUCAAUAAAAUGUUUUCUCAUUCACAAACA